AAGAACCUUAGAAGGGAGGCGGCAGGGGUCGGAUUGGUUCCGCAUGGGGGCGCUGUCACCUGUACAUGGGAGGAGCUAAAGCCGGUUCUGGUUUUCUGCUGCUCCGAGGCACUGGAGCCGAGAGAACCCAUCCUGACCAUGAGGGACGCCAAAGGCAUCGAGAACCCGGCUUUCGUCCCCUCCAGCCCCGACACCCCGCGCCGUUUGUCUGCAUCGCCCUCUCAGAUCGAGGUCUCUGCCUUGCCCUCCGACACGCAGAAAGAGGAUUCGCAGCUGCGGGAGCCUCAGGGGCCCCAGAAGCCACCGGAGCCACAAGAGCCACAUACUCCUCCAUCUCUUCCAGGAACUCCACCUGCCUCCCAAAAGCGACCCAGGCCACUUUCGCUGUCGGAGUUUGAGGAGGGGCCCUGCGGAUGGGGGAACUUCCACCCCGAAUGCCUCCAGCGGUGCAACACGCCCCGGGGCUACCUGCUUCACUACUGCCUUCUGGCCCUUACGCAAGGUAUUAUAGUCAAUGGCCUAGUAAACAUUAGCAUUUCUACUAUUGAGAAGCGCUAUGAAAUGAAGAGUUCCCUGACGGGCCUGAUUUCAUCAAGCUAUGAUAUCUCAUUCUGUGUGUUGUCUGUAUUCAUAUCGUUCUUGGGUGAGAGAGGACACAAACCAAGAUGGCUUGCAUUUGCAUCUUUUAUGAUAGGACUGGGAGCACUUGUAUUUUCCUUGCCACACUUUUUUAGUGGUGCUUAUCAACUGGGGUCCAUUUUUGAAGAUACUUGCUUACCAACAAGGAAUAGCACCGGUUGUGCCUCUUCAGCGUCUUCACUUUCUAACUAUUUGUAUGUCUUCAUCUUGGGACAACUGUUUCUGGGAACAGGAGGAACUCCUCUCUAUACCCUAGGAACAGCUUUUAUUGAUGAUUCUGUGCCCACACACAAAUCAUCCCUCUAUAUAGGAAUCGGCUAUUCCAUGUCAGUCUUAGGCCCUGCUAUUGGCUAUGUUUUGGGAGGACAACUGCUAACCGUGUAUAUUGAUGCUGCUAUGGGACGAAGUGCUGGUAUCAAUGAGGAUGACCCACGCUGGCUGGGAGCUUGGUGGAUAGGGUUUCUUUUGGCUUGGCUCUUUGCUUGGUCUUUGAUAAUACCUUUUUCUUGCUUCCCAAAAUAUUUACCAGGUACAGCAGAAAUUCAAGCUGGAAAAAUUUCCCAGGCUCAUCAGGGUAAAAGUAGCUUCAUACAAAAGGCAGAUGAGAAUUUUGGAAAGAGCUUCAAAGAUUUACCAGCUGCUCUAAAGAAUCUGAUGAGGAAUACUGUCUUUAUGUGUUUAGUUUUAUCAACCACUUCGGAAGCCUUAAUUACUACUGGUUUUGCUACAUUUUUACCUAAAUUCAUAGAAAAUCAAUUUGGAUUGUCAUCCAGCUUUGCAGCUACCCUUGGAGGGGCUGUUUUAAUUCCUGGAGCUGCUCUCGGUCAGAUCUUAGGUGGUGUCCUUGUUUCAAAGUUCAAAUUGGCAUGUAAAAAUACAAUGAAGUUUUCGUUGUGUGCAUCUGUAGUUGCGCUUAUGCUGAGCUUCAUAUUUGUUUAUGCCAAAUGUGAAAAUGAACCAUUUGCUGGUGUGUCGGAAUCAUAUAAUGGGACAGGAGAGCUAGGAAAUUUGACAGCUCCUUGUAAUGCCAAUUGUAACUGUUUGCGAUCAUAUUAUUAUCCUCUCUGUGGAAAAGAUGGAGUUCAAUAUUUUUCUCCCUGCUUUGCAGGUUGUACAAAUCUUGUUUCAGCACGACGGCCAAAGGUCUAUUACAACUGCUCUUGUAUUGAAAGGAAAAUGGAGAUAGCAUCUGCUCCAGAAAGUUUGGGUUUUGAAGCUACAGCUGGAAAAUGUGAAACUCGAUGUGCAAACUUGCCCAUAUUCCUUGGCGUUUUCUUUGCUACUAUCGCUUUUACUUUCAUGGCUGGUACUCCUAUAACUGUGUCCAUUCUUAGGUGUGUUAAUAACAAGCAACGGUCUCUAGCUUUGGGAAUCCAGUUUAUGUUUCUCCGAUUACUGGGUACAAUACCUGGGCCAAUUAUAUUUGGUAUGACAAUUGACAGCACAUGUGUUCUCUGGGAUAUUAACGAAUGCGGAGUUAAAGGCGCUUGCUGGAUUUAUGAUAACAUCAGGAUGGCCCAUAUGCUAGUGGUGAUAACUGUUACUUGUAAAGCUACCACCAUUUUCUUCAAUGGGCUUGCAAUCUUUUUGUAUAAACCACCUCCAUCAAGCAUAGAUGUUUCAUUUCAACAUCAGCAAUCAGUUGUGACUACCAUUUCAGUAGAAUGUGACGGCAACUAAGCAGGAAAUGAAGGCUGAAACAGAAAGAGAGGAGGACACUUUACAGCAGGAAGAUUGACUUGUAAGAAUGCACAAUGCCAAUGCAGCAUUAGCUGCUCAAUAUGGACAGUCGUAUUUUAAAAAUUGAUGUUUUAUAAUUGAAUAUGUUCCCUGUAAAUGUAUACAUUUUAUUUUCUUUUAAUAUAAGAAGCAGACACCUGCCUUCAAAGCUCACUAAAGCCUCAAACACUCAUACCUUCACUUAUUUUCCAUUGUCCAGCUCUUAAAUCCAACUAGAAAAAAGCCAGUGAUUAGUUAAAAGUUUAUAUUUUAAAAGGGCAGUGCAUGUUUCUAUCUCUCUUACAGCUUGUUUUAUUUUAAUUAUUACGGGCAAUAGUCUGGGUUUGGUUAGCAAAUUUAUAGUGUAAAAAUUUAAACAAACCAAGCUUAUGUGACGGUGUUCAGGAAAUAUUAUUGAAGGUCAUGAAUUUAAAACCAGAUAUGUAAUAUAAUUUGUUUUUAAAUUUAUCUGUACUAGUUAGGCCUUUAUUCAUCACAGCAAGUUAUCUAGCUCUUAGAAUGUAGGUUAUUUGUCUUCUUUGUGUCCGGGUAUAUAGGAAAUACAGAAAUAUCAAGAUUGUAUAUACUUGUUUUCACUUUAAGAGUCGGAAUCGACUCGAUGGCACUAGGUAGUUUUUUUAGGUUGUUUUCACUUUAGCACAAGAAUUCCAGGAGGUUAUUUGUUGACGCUGCUGAUUUUUAACCUUAAACUUUUAUGAUUCUGUGAUAGAAUCACUCAGUUAUGUCUUCCAUGAGGAAAGUAUCAGCUUCAGUAAAAAAAAUGUGACAAUUAGACACGAGAAGAUUUCUUAACAAACUAUUGAACAACCUUUAUUUACUCAGUAUUUUAAUUUUUCUAAUUUAAAAAACUGAUCACCUAGCACAUUACUUAUAACACCUAGAAUUGUGCUUUGCACAUAGUAAAACCCCCGAAACCAACUUAUAGCAACCCUAUAGGACAGAGUAGAACUGCCCCAUUGGGUUUCCAAGGAGCCGCUGGUGGAUUUGAAUUGCCAACCUUUUGGUUAGCAGCCAGGCACUUAACCACCGCGCCACCAGGGCCCAUCUCUAAUUGUCAUUUGAUUAAAACAUUAAAUCCUAGUCUUUAAUGGUGUUUAUUUUAGAGUUGAAGUAUUUCACAUACUUCACUAUACACUUCACUAUAUUUAUUCAGGUUAUAUUUAUGCUAAGUCUAUCUGUUCUAAAGAUGUAGGGAGUAAAUGAGUGAACAUCAAGAAAAAUAACUUCUAUAAUGGUUAAGAAUUUUACUGAUCAUGAAAAGGGUUGAAGUCUCUUUAAACUCAAACCCAGAGAUAAUUACAUUUGAAAUUUUCAUAAAGUGAAGUUACUAAUUUAAUAAGAUUCAUUAUCAGCUUUUCCCUAUCAGCAGUGUAUCAUAUAUACUGUGAUUGUAGAUAACACAAACUGAGCGUAAAGGCAUGGUAGGAAUCCAGGAUCAGGAGUAUUAUAAAUUCACAGAAUUUAAGAAAUUAUGUUUGGUGAUAAUCUGUGACCAACAAUGAUUCAAGAACUUCACAAUGCUUUUAAACUGAAAUUCAAGGAGAAGUAAUAAGUUAGGAGUUAGGCAAGCCGGCACACUUGAGUCUUAGAGAAGUCGGUCAGGAAUCAGGGAGACAGCCCUCCUUAAACCAAGUAUGUAUGAAUACAAAAGAAGGCCGAAGCCAAAAAUCCAGAUAGCUGGGAAGCAGAAAAUUCGUAUCAGCCAAAGGGACAGUGCAAAAUAGGCCAGAGAACAAAAAUAGGAUAGCUUGGUUCAGGAGCAUUCUCCCUCCCACCCAACCAGACACAUUUUAUAUGCCAUUUUCUAUUGCAGCAAAGCUAAAGGAGUGUUUAGGGGUUCUGUGUUCUAUACGUGGAAACAGGGAAUUGAAUAGAAUUUUAUGGUUGUAUAAUAAUGAUGAGUCCUGAGAUCUGAUACAGAUCACUGACAGAGAUGUGAAAUGACAGCAAGAGAGGAAGCAGAAUAACUGUAAAACAUAUUAGUCUAAACCAAAAAAAAACCCAAACCCCUUGCCAUCGAGUCGAUUUCAACUAAUUGUGACCCUAUAGGACAGAGUAGAACUGCCCCAUAGGGUUUCCAAGCAGCACCUGGUAGAUUUGAGCUGCCAACCUUUUGGUUAAUAGUGGUAGCUCUUAACCACUAUGCCACUAGGGCUUCCUGUAUUAGUCUAAAAAAACCAAAUCCAUUGCCAUCAAGUCAAUUCUGACUAGGGUCACUUAAUUUAGAGAGAAGGAAAAAUCACCUCAUAUGUAGAAAUAGUUUGAUAAAAGAGCCAUAAAUAAUUGGCAUUCAUUGUAAUUCUUAGUUAUCAAGGGUUAACCUUGUAUUCAAUAUACUCAGCCUUAUAAGAUGACACAUUUUUACAAAGUUUUUAAUAGAAAUAGUUAAAGUGAAAAUAAUUCUGACAUUUAGAGGGAGUCGCACUCUGUCCUUUAUGAUGUGCAUAUUUACAAAGAAUACCUCUCAUAAAUAAGGCAAUACAGACACUACUGUAAUUUAUCAUCAUAGUUUAUCAUUUUGGACUUAUCUAGAUUAUAUUGGUUGAUGCGCUACUUUUAGAAAUGAAAUUUUUCAUAAUACAUAUUUUUCAAAAUUUAUACUGAUUUUUAAGAAAGCUUGAAUUUUUAAGUUGACUCAUUGUGAUUUUUGUAUAUAAUUGGAUAUACGUCUUAAAACUUUGAAUUUAACAUUUGGGUUUCUUUAUUUGCAGGAAACUCAAAUGUAAAAAUCUUAUGCAUUGAAAGAAUUGUAUAUGAUUGAUUUAAUUUUAUGUAAAUUUGCAGAAAAUGUAAAUAAAAUUUUGUAUCUAUUGUCUUUCAAGAUUUUUCUAUGGUAAAUAACUACACAAAAUAUGUAUACACACCUGUUAUUAAACCAGAUUGCUUGUACCAGAUUGUUUUAAGUGUUUAACCUUAUUAAAUGACAAAGAUUUUAAGAUAUUAUUUAUCUGUUUAUAAAUAUCAGUAAAUUUUAAGGAUGGAAAAGGGAAAAUUGGUGUACUUUUAAACUUGGCAAAUGUGAUUUAGUAAAUACAGUUAUUUCUGAUACCUCAGUAAAUGUAUUUAAUUCAAUAUAAGUCACUUUAUGAAAUAUAUAGUAGUAGAAUUCUUUCACACAAUAGUUACCAGA